CGCAUGCUUUUGCAGUUGGACUGCGUGUGUACUUCAGUUACAGACACUCUUGCAGCAAUUUGACUUUAACUGACUUUGCUGAAUUUGACUUUGCUGAAUUUCCUCUGAAAUGGGUGAUCGCAACAAUUUGUGAAACAAUCCGAACAGUUUCUCUGUUUUUUUUUUUGAACUGCUGUCAGAUGUUACAGAGUAUCUGAUUAAAUAGCAGCGUGGUUGUCUGUUGUAAAGUUUGAUGCGCAAGGGAGUUUAUUAACAAAAGAUUGAUCUCGACGCUGCAGUAGAAGAAAUUUAUAUGUUCUUGCAUGUGCUAACGCUGAGAUCAGUUACGGGAAAGUUUUGUCUAGAACACAUUGUGAGACAAUUUGCUCGUUGAUUCUCGGAGACUCUUUAGAAUCGGCGUGCUGGCAAGGUGGUGCAGAUUUGCAGAAACAGCAGCAGAUUUUGUCUCUGGUGGCAAGAUUGAUGUGGUGGUGAGGUUUGAACCGAUGAAUGGUCUGUAAUCUAAGUCCCACGAACUAAACAUGCUUUUUCUGCAUGCAGGUUCAUUCAUUUUGGCUUUGCGAUUUUAACAAAAUCAAGAGCUCCGCCAAUCACUCACAGACUGUCAAAACACGAAAAUGUGUUGAAGAUUCGAGAAAGUCAACUUGUUGCUCGAAAAGACGAAACCAGCGGCACAUUCUCUGCCUGUCGUUAGAAAGACACUGCAGUUUGACGUUAAGAGAUGGUGAAGAGUUUAUGAGAAAAAUGGCCAAGAAAUUUGCAGAAAGAGCAGCAGAUUUUGUUUCUGGUGGCAAGAUUGAUGAUGCUGGAUCGAUCGGGAACCUCAAAGCCCAGCAGUGCCUCUCGCCUUCUCAUGCGCGUGUUCUGCAAUAUGAAGGACCAGACACUCUCUUUUGAAUGAUGGAAAAGACGUUAAGCAGAAGAGUAUGAGUUCAACACUUUCCUCAACCACACGAUAUCCGCCAUGGUUGGCAACUACGUCUGGUAUCACUACCCGAAUCGACCCGAACCCGACCCGGUUUUUCGUGUCGGGUUCGGGUUGAAGGUCAAGGCUUGAAAUAUAUCGCAGCAGUAUCGUCAGUGGGGAUAAUGAUUCCAAGGCAAAUAAGCAUUCUCGAUGGAAUGCAAAAUGGAUCCGUACGUAGGAUGUUCAAAAAGUAUUCUGAUUCUGGGAUACUGAUUGAUCCUGCCUAUCAAUCUGGUGGCUUCCUGUGUAGUCUUCUUGCUGUGAUGAUAUGCCAUCAACACAGUUCAGACAGUACGCUUCCUAAAUGCGAGACAAAACACUUCUCUUCUUGCAAUUGUCGAUUGCAGGCUCUCUAGUUUUCGGUAUGCCUGAGUUUAAUCACGUCACGACUGGUGUCUCUAUUUGUAUGUUCUCCUUCUAUCAGUUCGUGAAUUGCGAUUUACGCUG